UGUCAUGAAAGAGUUAAAGUCUAAAAUCCUCUUACCGCCGCCGCCGCUCCUGUUCGGUUCCGCUGGAAUCGGUUCGGACUCGUCGUCACAUGGUCGGAAAUCAGCAGGUGAAGCGCCACACACACACCGCCGUGUGUGUCCCGUGAACUGAGCUCCCCUCCGCCGCACACACACCAGGAUGGACUUCAUGACAGAUCGAGAUGUGGAGAAGUACCGGCGGGACGGCUUCGUGGUGAUGGACGGGCUGCUCAGCCCUCAGGAGUGCGACCAGCUCAGGCAGCGGAUGGCGGAGAUCGUGGACGAGAUGGACGUGCCCGACCACUGCCGCAUCACCUUCUCCACCGACCACGACGAGCAGCUGAAGGAACAGAUGCAGGGAAACGCCGACUACUUCAUCACCAGCGGCGAUAAGAUCCGCUUCUUCUUCGAGAAGGGAGUGUUCGACGACAAAGGUGAAUUCAUCGUUCCAAAGCAGCGAUCUAUUAACAAAAUUGGACAUGCGCUACAUGCCUACGAACCCUUGUACAAAAAGGUGACACAUUCACCCAAAGUUCAGGGAAUAGCUAAGAAACUGGGCCUGGUGAGUCCCGUCAUUCUGCAAGGCAUGUACAUCUUCAAGCAACCAGGAAUUGGUGGUGAAGUGACGCCGCACCAAGACGCCACCUUCCUGUACACGGAGCCUCUGGGCAGAGUCAUGGGCCUGUGGAUCGCUCUGGAAGACGCCACCGUCAACAACGGCUGCCUGUGGUUCAUCCCCGGAUCGCACAACAGUGGAAUCACCCGGCGGAUGGUUCGGACGCACAAAGGGACUCUUCCCCUGACGGACUUCGUGGGCCGAGAGCAGCAGUACGACGAGGACAAGUUCGUGGCUGUGCCGGUUAAGAAAGGCGGGGUCGUCCUCAUCCACGGGGAGGUGGUGCAUCGCAGCGCCGUCAACACGUCGGACGACUCGCGCCACGUCUACACCUUCCACCUGAUGGAGGCUCAGGACACCCGCUGGAGCGCCGACAACUGGCUGCAGCCGUCGGAGGAGCUCCCCUUCCCGCCUCUCUACACUAAAUGAAGGACGUGUGUUUUAACCCCUAAAGAAGGAUCUCGAGUUACGGCGACUGCAGAAAACCUGCAACUUUUAAAAUAUCCAACAUUCCUCUGACCUCCGUGGAGACCAGUUCAGUCUGGUUUAGUACGACUUCCAUUUUUAACAGAUGUGUUUUUAAAACAAGACCAAAAACUGGAUUCAAAUAAACAUUUUUCACUUUA